AUGUCUGGACGUGGUAAAGGUGGCAAAGGAUUGGGAAAAGGUGGAGCUAAACGUCAUCGUAAAGUGUUACGUGAUAAUAUCCAAGGAAUUACAAAGCCAGCAAUUCGACGUUUGGCACGUCGUGGUGGAGUGAAACGUAUCUCAGGACUGAUAUAUGAGGAAACACGUGGCGUUUUGAAAGUAUUCCUGGAGAAUGUGAUACGUGAUGCAGUAACAUAUUGUGAACAUGCGAAACGCAAGACAGUAACAGCUAUGGAUGUAGUUUAUGCGUUGAAACGACAAGGUCGAACACUUUAUGGAUUUGGUGGAUGA